AUGUCUUCCUCCACAAACCCAGAGAGCAAUCCAUCAGAGCCUUCAACCUACCCCCGCCAAAUCCACCUGCCCUCCGAAAACAUUCACCUCGAACUAACCCACUCCCCCCUCGACACCACCCUCAUCCUCUCGCAAAUCUCCUCCCCCGCCGCCGGCGCCAACAUUUUGUUCCUAGGCACAACACGCGACACAUUUGAGCACCGGCCCGUCAGCCAACUCAGCUAUUCCGCCUACGCGCCUCUGGCCCUGAAAACACUCACAUCCAUCGCGCGCGACACGUUUCAACGAUAUGAGGGGAUAAAGGGAGUUAGUAUAUCGCAUCGAUUGGGGGUUGUGCCGGUAACGGAAGCGAGUAUUGCUGUAGCGGGAUUACGUAUUUCAAGCAGAUUUGGAAUACUCAUUCUAGAGUAA